AUGGACUCAAUACCGGAAAUAAUGUUUGCUGCCGGAGAAGAGCCCGUCGGAGUCAGGGUUCUGACCUACCAAUCAUCUCGAGCGAUAAAAAAAAUAAUCAAAGGGCUUGAUGAAGAAGAAAUACUCUCUAUACGGGCGUCGUCUUUUGGGAAGAUAAUCGACAUCGGAGAGAAGCCUUUGUUUUCGGGGAGAUUCACGAGGUACAUGAUGUCAAGACAGCUGAAGGUGAAGAAGAAGCACGAGGUGUGGUUUAGGUUUGCCGGUCAGCCGAUUAGGUUCUCGUUGAGGGAGUUUGCAAUAGUAACUGGGCUUCCAUGUGGUAAAUUUCCACCAAAAUCGAAGAUGAAGAUGAAAGAGACUAUUACCGAGAAGCCAUACUGGCCUUCGUUGUUUGGGAAAGUGGAGGUUGUGACUGUAUCUUCCGUAAUCAAGAUGCUUCGCCGGAGAACCGUGACGGAUAGAGAAACCCGGAUUAAGUUUGCAUGUCUGGCUAUUCUCUCUUCUGUCCUGCUGCCUACAAGCCUGAAUAUGAAGAUCUCCAGAGAGCAUGCUGAGGCCAUUGAGGAUAUGGAUGACUUCUAUUCAUUCCCGUGGGGGAGAUUGGCGUACGAAAUGCUGAUGAAUAGUAUAAAAGAAAGAGAUGAGAUCUCACUGUCACAAAACACUAUUGCCGUGAAGGGCUUUGCUCUAGCUCUUCAGCUAGUACUGGUAGAAGCUGUACCCUCUUUAACAGAAGUAGUCCAAGAAACAUGUUCCUCUUCAGAAUCAGAAAGCGCCGACGAUGUUGAGGAAGGGUCUGAAAGGUCAUCCAAAAAGCAAACGCUAAGCCCUGCUCACGCCCGUAACCUCGACAAGAAAACCGAGGUAUAUGUGAAGAGCAUAAUUGAUGAAGAUCCAACCCGACCAUUGGAUGAGAGUACACUCGGUUGGUAUGAUGAGGUGGAAGAUGUUGGGGUGGACAAUCUAGUGAAGCUUAUAAAUCAAGGCUAUAAGUUUUGUGCCUCUAUGUUUAAAGGUGGAGCGACAAAGGCAGAUGUGCAGAGGAUGAGAGAGGAUGCAAAAGAAAGAGCUAAAGAGAAGAAAAGUAGAAAAGCACCAGUGAACCCAAGCACUGUAGAUGGAGGAAAUUGUGAAGCUGCUGCUGGUUUGAUGGAUAUGAUAAAGCCGGAUCUGAUGAGGAUUGAUGGGAAUGUGUCUUCUACAAUGAGAGCCGUUAAUGAUAUGAUCACAAAGAUAGGAGUGUGGCAUGGGGCCAUAAAAACAGAGGUGGGAGAAUGGAUGGGGAUAAUAAAAGAGGAAAUUCAAGGGCAGAUUAGCUUGGCUCUUAAAGAAGCAGAAGGAACAUCAACACAUCCUCCAGCAGUUCCUAUAGUCACACCACCUGCCCCGAGAAAUCCAGAGGUCGGCGUUGCUGACGGACGUCAAAACGUUGGAGCCGAAGCCAACGUCACUGUUGAUCCACAGAACGACGGGACUGCUCUAUCAGCAUCGAGCCACACUCAUAUGAGGAAGGAUGGAGUCAAUGAGAUAAAUGUACCCGACAAUGAGACAAAGGAACAAGUACCCGAAGCUCCUAGUUUUUCACUCGGUCUCACUCAGCAGGAGAAGAGUCCUUGUAAUGAGCAGUUAGGGGCAGUACGGCUAGCUGCAGAUCUAAAUGUUGGGCAUGACGAAGGCGAGGAGAAUGUGGAGGGAAAUAACGUUUACAGUGAAGUGACUAUAACCAAGUUCCAGCAAUUAGGGGAGAAGCUUCUGAGCUCAUUUGUUAUCAAUGUGGCUGGACUAUCUGUGUCGGAUAAGGACAUUAAGGACAUCGCUGAAAGAUCCCGUCCUCUCUCCGCGAAGGUUGUCGAUGUAGUCACCCGUAUACUCCGUACAGUUCAAGACAAAUAG